AUGGGUCAAGCCGCUGCUGCCGAACGUAACGGUAAUGAUGACGAUGAACCACGUAUCCACGUUAACCCAACUGAAACCUCUUUGACCGAAAGUGAAACAUCAUGCGAGGAAGCAGCAAGAUUGACAGCAGAUGGAGCUGAUGAUGAUGACGAGGCUUAUGACUACCGAGAACUCCCACCACCGCCGGACGGUGGAUAUGGAUGGGUCGUUGUGUUCGCCUCGUUCAUGUGCAAUCUGGUGGUGGACGGCAUCGCCUACACAUUUGGGAUAUUCCUCUCAGAACUGGUCACGUUCUACGGCGAGGGUAAAGGGACGGUGGCCUGGGUUGGAAGUCUUUUGUCCGGAGUAUAUUUAGCAGCUGGUCCUGUUGUGUCAGCACUAUGUAAUAAAUAUGGAUGCAGAGCUGUCUGCGUGGCUGGUUCCUUCGUAGCAACGAUAGCAUUUGUCCUCUCCACCUUCAGUCAGAGUGUCACCAUGAUGAUGCUCACCUAUGGUGUUUUGGGAGGUAUCGGAUUUGGUAUGAUCUACCUACCCUCGGUGGUGGCAGUGGGCUACUACUUCGAGUCACGACGCUCCCUGGCCACUGGUAUCGCAGUGUGUGGUUCAGGAGUCGGCACAUUCAGUUUUGCUCCUUUAGCCACCAUACUUCUUCAAGAGUUCGGCUCAUGGCAGAGCGCGAACCUUCUGCUGGCGGGGUUAAUCCUGAAUUGCGCGAUAUUCGGAGCCCUGAUGAGGCCACUCGUGUAUCCAAAGUCUUCGGGCGAGAAGCCGCUCCUCCAGCGGAUGGCCGAAGAGAAGAGGAUGCAGAUGGAGCGAGGGUCCAUCGGGGGAUCCUACUUCGUGGUGCAAUUGCCUGAUGGGACUAUGGAGAAGCGGAUGAAGGCCCCGCUAAACAUAGACCCGGGCGUCCACUCCUCGCUGAACCUGGAAGCGCUUGCCCGAGUGCCCACUCUGCCCAACAUGCCCAACGUGCCGACUGUGCCUACUUUGCCCACCAUCACUGAAGCCCGAGUGCCUGAUGAGGUCAAGGAGAAGAAGGGUGAGAACGGGGCAACCCCGAACUCGCAAGCCAUAUCUCGGAACGUGUCGUCCCCGGCCUUCAGUGCGCAGGCGCCGGGUCUGCCCAAGAACGGGUCCGUGCCGUUCUUCGACCGGCAACGGAAACAUAGCACCGGUGAUAGGUCAGACAAUGAUAGAUUUAAACCGUCAUUAGCUGCAAUCAAAGCAACGUCCAAAACGUCCAUUGCGAGUCAUCUAAGGGCUGAUGACUCGGAAGGCGUAUACAACUCGAAGUUGUCGGUGGCCGCUCCCAAAGAGCCCUCGAGGAUGGUCCGGCCCAUGUCCAGGAAGGACAUAUUCUAUUCCGGAUCAGUUCUCAACCUGCCUCAGUACCAGAGCCAGAAGUCCCUCCAAGGGUACAGGAACUCUGUGCUCAGUCUGCCCCAGAGCAGGCAGACCGGGGACUUGGAGAGACAGGAACAAUACGACCUGUGUCCCUGCCUGGGCCUGCCCGCGUCCUUCAAGUCGGCCCUGUCCUCGAUGCUGGACGUGAGCCUGCUGCGGGACCCCGCCUUCAUGAUGAUCGGCGUCUCCAACGUGUUCGGCAUGGCCGGCCUCUACGUGCCCUUCGUGUACAUCGUGGACGCUGCCGUCAUGAAUAAAGUGGACGAGUCGAAGGCGUCCUUCCUUCUUUCCAUAAUCGGGAUAACCAACACGUUCGGGCGGAUCAUGUGCGGCUGGGUGGCCGACUUCCCCUGGAUGGACUCGCUCUUGCUCAAUAACAUCUGCCUGGUCAUCGCCACGAUAUCAGUAGCGGUAAUCCCCUUCUGUACGACGUACGCGGCCUAUGUGGCGGUGGCCAUCGCCUUCGGACUCGCUAUUUCCGGCUACAUCUCCCUCACCUCGAUAAUCCUGGUGGACCUGCUGGGCCUGGACAAGCUGACGAACGCCUUCGGCCUGCUGAUCCUGUUCCGAGGAGCGGCGGCCAUCGUGGGCUCUCCUCUGGCCGGGGCCGUGUACGACGCGACCAAGAACUACGACGCCUCCUUCUACAUGGCGGCUGUUUUCUUUUUGGCCUCCACCAUCACUUCCUUCGCCGCUCCCAUGUUUAGGAGGAAACAAGAGGAGGCGGCCCAGCCCUUGGAUGUUCUGACUCCUAUCGACGAGGACAUGGAGGAGGACGAGGACCCCGACGACACGCCCAUCACCAUGGGGGCCCUUCACCGACCCACCAUCACGCGCACCGCGGCCUCUCCCUCCGAACCGCCGACUCCCGAAAAGAAUCCCCCUCGGGGGGAGCAGAGGGAGAGCGUGCUCUAA